AUGAAGUACAUCGCCUUCUUCACUCUAGUAGCUGUAUUACUCAUUGCCAUCAAGUUUCAAGAAUGCCAUGGGCAAUCCAUUGAACCGCCAUAUGGAUUUCGCUUCAAUUUCAUGCUGGUGUGCCCGUAUAAGAAUUCAUUCGACUACAAAAUCAAUUUGUGGGAAAUGGAUCUCUGGUCUUCCGAUGAUUACUUGGGAGAAAUUGCUGGUUCUUCGAACACUUCACGGAAGCACAUUGUAAAAACCAUGAGAAUUCCCAGUGAUGAAUUUUUAUCAUUUACAUACAUGUUUCGAUAUUCAGUUGAGCAUAAUUGCGAUAGGAAUAAUGCGACGAAAAAAUACCAUAGCGUUAUUGAUGAAAUUUGCAUUUACCAGGGUAGAUGCACAUACAACAUCGAGGUCGACUUUACUCUCAGACCGGAUCCUACUAAGCCUCCAUUGUUUCCACGCAGCAAAUUCUUCAAGAAUCCUUACCCAUAUGUACCACUACGAGCAUUUGAUUAA